GAAGGAAUACUGAGGGUGGAGUAAUAGAAGUAGAAAGGAAAGAGAGUUGUACAGAGGGCAAAAGACGCAGAAGCAAAAGCUCUGUGUUUCUCUUCGAGCUCCUAUAAUAGGAAAAAAGAGAUUUGUGUGUUGUGUUAUCAUUGUGGGACGAGGGCGGCACGAUACGAACUAUUCAUACGACGAUGACGAUGACGAUGACGAUGACGAUGACGAUAACGAUAAUGUCUCGGCCGUUGGCGUCGAUUAACACGCUUUGCCUUUUUCGUACUACGUAGAAAAACAAGGAACGUCUAUCCAAAGAAAAAGUGGGAAGGAAGAUAUCAACAGCAACAGAAAGAAAGAAUAAAAGGAAGAAAUCAUCAGGUUUUCAUUCAUUCGAAUUCCUUCUUGAAAGGGAAAUAUAAGCCGUUAAUAUUUUCUUACGUUUUUCUUUAACAACAUUCGAUUCUAUCUUAUUGCAUAAAAGUGUUGUUUUCCUAAGAAUAUUGAAUAGGGAGAAGGGAAAUAGAGAUCGAUGUGUGUAGUAAGAAGUGAGAAAUGAAAAAAUAGAUCAUAAUCGUCGAUACGUGGUUGGUUUCUCAUCCCAGGGUUUCUAAUCAAAAACGACGACGACGACAGGGUCAUUUUUAGAGAGAUCCUUUGGAGUUCGAGGAAAUCUGAUUCUGGAGCUACUUCCAUCGCGGAAAUCCGCUAGAGUCUCCGUGAUUGAUCAAGAGGAAAAAGGAAUAGGAAAAAAGAGUAUCAAAGGUGGUGGAGGAGGAGGAGGAAGAGAAAAAGGGGGAAGGGGAGAAGCGAGGAAGGAAGAUUUUUUCUUGGUGUCGGAUAGUUGGAAUCGUCAAGCCGUGGAGCCGCAUCAUAGCAGCAAGGCACGACGCGAGCCGACCACUCGAGCAGCCGUGCGUCAGGAUGUUCCUUGUGCCAUUGAGAGGACCCAUCCGGUAGCUCCGUUGCCGGCUCUUGUCGCGAUCUUCAGGCCUUGGAGGAGGAAGAAUCGUGUAGGACAACAUUCAAAGGAACGAUCGGGGAGGAAAAUGUCGGUCAGGGUCAGCGGAGUUUAUUUGGUGCCUGCUUCGGCCACCAACACCACCAUCAGUAGCGAGGCGAAUAACGAGAGGAGUAACAAUAAUCUCGUUCCUUUGCACGAAAGCAAUCUUCAACAGCAAGCCCAGCAACAACAGCAACAUCAUCAUCACCAUCAUCAUCAGCAACAACAGCAACAACAUAAACAACAGUACUAUGCUACUAAGACAGUCACCAUCGCCACUGCACCGCAACGGAGCAAUAGCCUCGAUUAUUUAAACUUCGAAGAGAAACGACAAAUCAUCGCGUCCUCUUUGUCCCUAAGUGAUUUUCUGGCUCAUGGGCCUGCCGCUGCAGCGGCAGCCGCGGCCAAGGAAGUUGCAGCGAAUACCGUCAUUGCUAAGAAACAAAAUGGCGCUGCCCUUCGAACGAACAGCUUGGGCUCUGGCGCGAGAACGCCUCCUCUUGAAAGGAAAAGCAAAUUUUCAGCCCUUGGUAGACUUUUUAAACCUUGGAAAUGGAAGCGGAAAAAGAAAUCGGACAAAUUUGAGGCCGCUUCUUUAUCCCUUGAAAGAAAAAUCUCUGUACGUGCUAGUAGAGACGAAUUGGUACAAAAGGGAAUCUUAUUACCAGUUAUAAGAUCGACAUCGUUUCCGGAAAAUGAAACGAUAAGUGAUUUGAUGGACAUGCAAAAACCACCGAGUCCUCAGCAAACUCCUCAGCAACAACUAUCGCAGCAACAAUCGCAACAGCAACAACAACAGCAACAGCAACUGCAACAACAACUGCAACAGCAACAACAACAGUCGCAACAGAUUCAAUCGCAGCAGCAGCAGCAACAACAGCAACAACAGCAGCAGCAACAACAACAACAACAACAACAACAACAACAACAACAACAACAGCAACAACAACAACAGCAGCAGCAGCAACAGCAACAACAACAACAGCAACAACAACAACAACAACAACAACAACAACAACAACAACAACAACAGCAGCAGCAGCAGCAGCAGCAACAAGUACAACCCGUUAACGUAGGUAACGAGACUGGAAGCACUUCUGUGCCAACAUCGACUUCAACCGGUAGCUUGCAACAAUCCCAGCAAGUAACACCGAGCACGCCGACCCCAACGACUGCCAAUCCACAUUCUAAUGGGUCGCCCAGUAAUCAUUCGUCUCCUCACCCUCCACCUCAUUAUCCAGGAAUACCUUCGUCCCAGGGAGGACAGACAAAUGGAAAUUCGCAAGAGCCGAAGAAGGAAAAAACUGAACAGAGUGCAAAUGGCGCGGUUUCGCCAAGUGGUGAGAUUCAAGUCAAUCAGGGCACAACGACGAGCGUUACGAUGCCUGUUUCAGAUACGACCACAAAUACAGGGGAUCAACAAAAGCCGCAUAGGCCAAGCACCCUCGAUGCAAGGGUUGUAGCCAGGAGACUGAUCUUGUUCGACAUGGAAAAGGCUGUUCUCGAUCAAAGCGUCGAAAAUCAACAGCAGGUGAUAGAGAGGUGUUAUCCUUUACCACCUCAAAACACUCUGAUGUUGUCAGAACUUCCGGAACCACCAAUUCCCUUAAGCGAGAUCGGACCGAUUCCACCACCGCCUAUGUUCAGCUCGCCGAGUCCCACAUUGGUAACGAGGCAGCGACAACAGCAAAUCCCUUUAUCGGAUUGCGAGGACGAAGAUGACGAAGACAUCGACGUGGAAGAGGAAGACGAUAAUCUUUACGUCUUUAGGGUGUCUCAACCAGAUCCAGCGAUCGAUACAUCUAGGAUCGAAGAAAUACCAGCGAAAGAGCCUAAGUUCCAUGCAAUACCAUUGAAAAGUGCACUGAAGAAAAAGGGAUCUAGUAGUGGCCCUGGAACACCGCAAAAUACACCGACGCAGGAAAACAGGCCAUUGACUCUUCGCCAAGAGCUCCAUGCUUCAUUCAAAAGGCCACCGUUGAGGCCUAGGAUGAGAAUAUGCAGUCGACCAGUCAGAUUCGGACUUGCUCUGCCGUGUACGUUGGAAAAUAAGGAGAAUGCGAGGCCUUACGUUAUUCGAGAAGACGUUGAUGGUGAUGGCAGUGACGGACAAGUUCUUUAUAGGGAUGAGUAUGAUGAUGAAAAAACUCGACUGGCAGCUAAAAUCGCACGCAAAGAAUCACUUUCGUUGAAACUAGCCCUCAGGCCUGAUAGGCAGGAGCUCAUCAAUAGAAAUAUUCUUCAGUUACAAACAGACAAUGAAAGGCAAGAAACGAAGGAGGCUAUUGGUGCUCGGCUUAUCAGGCGACUGAGUAUGCGUCCUACUCAAGAGGAAUUAGAGGAAAGAAAUAUUUUAAAAAAACAAAGUCCUGCCGAGGAGAAGAAGCAAAAGGAAGAGAAAAAACGAUAUCUUUUAAGAAAACUUAGCUUUCGACCAACCGUCGAAGAACUUAAGGAAAAGAAGAUCAUCAGAUUCAACGAUUACAUCGAAGUUACGCAAGCUCACGACUACGAUAGGAGAGCCGAUAAGCCAUGGACGCGAUUGACUCCAAAAGAUAAAGCAGCAAUUAGGAAGGAAUUGAAUGAAUUCAAGAGUUCCGAGAUGGCUGUACACGAAGACAGUCGACACCUUACAAGAUUCCAUAGACCAUGACAAUUGCAAUGUGUAGAGGUGAUGCAGUGUGGUGCAGGUGUAGUAAGUGAAGGUGCAGUGUGGUGGCCACGUGUUGAAGCUGGAUAAAUCGAGUUUGCGUCUGGGUUGCGUAAUUAAAUAACGGAAUACGUCAUAAUCUACCAGUGAUUGAAGAUGAUGAAAAAUGAAGAAAAAUACUUUGACGUUGCUAAAUCGUGUCGCCGGUUAUUAUGCGUUCAUUCGCCCAUCGUUUAUCUAUUAUUCGCAACAACCAUCGUCGUCGUCGUCAUCAUUGUUAUCUUCAUAUGCAAAUCAUUAUUGUUCUCAUCAUCCGGCGAUCCAUGAUUCGCAAUGUCAACUAUGCUUUGUUUAGCGUUCUCGCAACGCUAUGAAGAUUGUGAUAGGGUGGUUUGCCUAAUUUAAAGAAAAUAAAUCUUGGGGGAUCACUCGCCGAAAUACUACAUUUUUUCUUAAGGAACGUUCGCAUCUACACAUAUUAUUUUAUAUUUUUUUAGACUUUUAUUUUAUUUUUUUUAAGUAUGUCUUCUUUCCCUUGUUCUUAUGCUCUUCUACCUUCUCUCGUUAAUUUCGCAAUUGUAUAAUUCAUUUUCAAAACGUUUUUAAUCACGAAUUUUUAAUGGAACGUAAUUGUUUUAUAAUUUUUCAUUAGACGAUGUAAUAUUUUAAACGAUGACGAACACGAAAUUUUAAGAGUACGUCAUUAUAUAUAUAUAAAAUGUUAAAGCACGUAGGCGAAAGAUAAUUAAGUAGUUAUGAAAAUUUUUCAUUACACGAACGUUACACGAACGUAUAUGCGAACGAAUCCUUACACAUAUACAAGAAAAAAAAAUUAUCUAUGUCAAUCAAUUUGGCUCCUUUAUGUCACCUGGCAUCGCCAUCCACAUAAUAGUUUAAUUCUAUCGAAUUUAGUUACUUUCCUUAAAAGAAUUAAUCUUUUCAUCUUCAUAGUCUUUCAAUCUUUCUAUUCUUUGACAAAAUAUUUUUAUUUCUCCAUUGAUCUAUUAAUUAUGCGCUAUUUUCUUUUUUACAUAAUAUAAAUAAAUAUAACAAAAAUAAAUAAAUAAAUAAACAGAUAUCGUUCAUAUUUCAAGAAACUAUGACAAUCGAUAAGAAUAUUCGAUCGACGAAGAAAAAAAGAAAACAAACAGAAAAAAACACAAUUAAGAAAGAAAAAACACCUUUCCUUUACUGCCAGGUAUCAUUUUUCUCAUAGAGCUUGAAGACCAAACGCUUACGACUAAAUAUAAAUAAUGUUCUCUGUUUAAACGAUGCAUAUUGUGCAAUUCUACUUUGUAUAGGAAUAUACAUAUGUACGUUAGUGAUUUAUUAUUAUUAUUA